CUGGUUUGUUGUUACAUUUAACGUGACAAAUGAAGUGCAGCAUGUUCCUCACACGUGGCUGUCAAAAAAUGUUUGUUGGUUUCCAUUCAUCCAGAGUGAUAACAAAAAAAUUUACUUUACAGUAUCUCAAGUUGCUAACAUGAUAAAAAAGUGCACAGUACCUAACAAAAAUGAUGGGAAAAAUUAUGAUGUCGUAAUAAGAGCUGGACCAUUUGAUAAAGAGAGUCAUGCCAAGAAAGUAUCUAAAGCAUGGUCAGGGCCAGAUGAUUCUUCGUCUGAUAGCAAUGUUAGUUUAUCUCCUGAAAAGCCAUCAUCUCCUAAAAAAAGAAAAAUUAUGCCUUAUUUUUCUAGUGUGCAGGAAAAUGAGUUAAUUGUAAACCUGCCUAAGGCACCUACAACACCUAUUAGAAAAACAUCGUCUACUAAAAAUAGCAUACCUGUUUCCUUGGGCUUGAUCUCACCUAUUAUCUUAAAAGAUAUAAGUACUAAUUCUACAGUAAGUUCCUCCGACAUUAGACCCUUAAAUAAUUCUACUGUUGAUGUUUGUGCCCAAUCAACUCCAAAUUCAUCCAGUAACUUAAUAAUUAAAGACAAGAUAAAUACAGAUUGUAGUACUGCAUCUUGCUCAUAUGAUCCUGGGAAUUUUAAUGUAGUAACAACUAUUAAUGAAGUUGGUGUGGAAACAAAUAAUUCCUGUGUGUCAGUCAUGACUGAUUUUAAGAAAAUUGAAAAAAAUUGUGAUGUACCAAUUGAAUUUGAUGUUAAUAAUAUGGAUGAAAAAAUUAGCUCUAAUAAUAGCGUUAGAAAAGGCAAGUUACUUUCUAUAUUUAUGUAAUCCAAU